AUGGGGUCUAAUAAUGUGCUCAACAGAGACAAUGUGGAGCCCCUUUCGCUUAAUAUAAGCAUCCCAUCACAGCAACAGCAACGCAGACAAUCAAUGAUUCUUCUGUCCGAAUCUGUCGCCAGCAGGAGAUCCUCGAUGCUGAGCGGUCAACAGUAUGGCAGAACUGGAAGGAAAUCUGGUGUUGGCAUUGCAACUGGCCCACAAAGCCCUCAUAUGGCGAGAAGCGUUGAUUCUCGAGUCAUGAUAGAUGUAGGGUCUCCGAAUUUCAAAACAAGGGAACAUCAACAGGAAGAAAUAAUCAAUAGUUUGCGGAACAAUUACCUGAAUGAGCACCCGAAUUCCAAACAGAGCCGCGGUUCGUCGCCUAACAAUCUGGCACCAGAGGGUAGCAGUUCUCAAUCCGACAGAGACUCACUUUUUCCCGAACAUGACCAUAACUUGGAAACUCCAGGUGGUGAUAUUACCAGGGAUAUCUACAAGCUGUCAAGCUCGAGAUCCGGACCCCACAGUUUCAAGAAAAAUAAGUCUCUCGACGAUCUCGAAGAAUUCAGCAAAACCCAGAGAUCUGGGUCUACUGCUAGUGCCCUGAAUGUGCCCGGUGGAUUCAGACGAGAAUUCAUCGUUCAAAAACUCAGAAGCGAUACAAUGCGCGAAAACGAAUCCUCUCCCACGCCAGAAGCAGGUUCAAGGCCGUCUGGACCAUCUGACGCAGGUGAUUUAACCCAUGUGCCAUUUUUGACCAGAAAUUUUUUAGAGUUUCUCUACGUCUAUGGCCAUUUUGCCGGUGAAUCUUUUGAUGAGGAUUUUUAUACUGGGGUUGACGCCGCAGGCCAAGAAAUGGCGGAAGAAGAUAGUCCACUGCUAAGAAAUGAAGAUUUGGAAGGGGGCAAACGGAUAUUGACUCCCAAAUCUGCCAGAGCGUCAAUUUCAACUACCAAGGCUUUUUUGCUGCUCAUCAAAUCAUUCAUCGGAACUGGUAUUCUUUUCUUACCUAGUGCUUUCGCUAACGGCGGGCUUUGCUUUUCCGUUAUUAUGCUUACUUUCUUUGGUGCUUACUCCUACUGGUGUUACUAUAUUUUAGCUAAAUCCAAAACGAUAACAAAAGUCACUUCGUUUGGUGACAUCGGGUCUAAACUUUAUGGUCCUGUCAUGAAAUUCGUAAUCCUGUUUUCACUGGUUUUAACGCAACUUGGAUUUUCUGGAGCUUAUGUCGUUUUCACUGCUAAAAAUCUGUUAGCAUUCAUUGAAAACGUUUUCAAAUAUCGUGGAAUCACCAUAGUGCAUUUGUUAAUAUUGCAACUAAUCAUUUUCAUCCCGCUUUCCUUUAUCAGGAACAUUUCAAAAUUGUCAUUCCCAUCACUACUUGCAAAUUUCUUCGUCAUGGUCGGAAUAUGCAUCGUGGCUUUUUUUAUUGUCAAACACAUCUCAAUUGAUCUGGCUUUCACUCCAGUGGAAGGUAUAAUCAUGGGGUUCAAUUCCAAAAAGUGGACACUCUUCAUUGGCACUGCGAUCUUCGCUUUCGAAGGUAUAGGUCUUAUCAUCCCAGUACAAGACUCCAUGAAAAAUCCAGAAAAGUUUCCCAAAGUUCUUGCAUGUGUUAUAGUUACUGCCACGGUGCUUUUCGUUACAAUUGGCAGUCUGGGUUAUUUAAGUUACGGACCCGAGACGCAGACCGUCAUUUUACUCAAUUUACCCCAAAAUAGCAUAUUUGUGAAUUUGGUCCAGUUUUUCUAUUCGCUUGCAAUUCUGCUAUCUACACCACUCCAGCUAUUCCCCGCUAUUGCGAUCAUUGAAAGCAAAGUUUUCCCGAAGUUCACCAAAAUUUAUAAUUCAACUUCAAACUUGAGUUCUCCAGGCGUGCAAUAUCAUCGCAAUUCCGGGAAACUGAACUGGCGCAUCAAAUGGCUGAAAAAUGGCGUCAGAUCUCUAAUUGUUGCCUCUGUUGUCGCCGCUGCAUAUUUCGGAGUCGACAAUCUCGAUAAAUUCGUUUCUAUUGUGGGAUCUUUCGCCUGCAUUCCGUUGGUCUACAUCUACCCACCAAUGCUACACCUGGAGAGCUGCAGUAAACCUCGGUGCAAUGCGUCUACAUCGGUUUUUAGCCGCUGGCCCAUUUACCUUGAUUACGCGCUCAUAGUUUUUGGCCUUAUUGGAAUGAUGUACACAUCAUACCAAAGUUUGUUUAGUUAG